AUGGGUCAACGUCCACGUGCUAUUAUUGUGCACUUCUUGCGUUAUCGUACACGUCAAAUGAUACUUAGAAAUAAGAAAAAACUAGAGCAAGAGAAAAAACGUAUUUAUACAUCAAAUGGUAAAGUCAUGUAUAAUGAUGGUAGAAAACAUCUCGAAUUAUUUUCUGUUCAAUAUGCUAAAACGGAUCCAAAAAGCGCUCAAUUAAGUACAUAUAUUAAUGAUGUAACAACAUGGAAAUAUGAAUAUCAAAAUACAGAUGAUGACGAUCUAGAGUCAGUCAAUGAUAGUAAUAUUGAUGAUGAUGACUUAGAAUCGGUCGAUGAUAGUAAUAUCGGUGAUGAUGAUUCACGAGAUAAUAAUAACAUGUACUCCAAUGAGUCAGACCGCGAGCAACCGAUUUGUAUGUUAGCACAACAUUUACCAGUUGUAGAAUUAGUAGUCUUUCUUGAUGAAGUUAAUACAUCAUCGUGUUUAUCAUCCAUUAAAGAGAUGUUAGUCGAUCGUAACAUUAAUGGUUUACCAUUUCCUGAAAACAUCUUUUUCACUGCGGCUAUUAAUCCACAUACGAAACCAAAUGAAAACGAGAAGGAUGAUAUAAGUGUGCAUCGUCGAGAUUAUUUGGUGCAUGAAUUACCAGAAGCUUUAGAACAUCUAAAAUGUCGUUACGGUAGCUUGCCAGAUAGCCAGUUACGUGAUUAUAUAAAACGAAAAAUUGAAAUGCUCGAUAUUAAUGACGAUACACAAAAAAUGCCAUUAGACGAUUAUGUACAAAGCGUAUUAUGUGAUUCAAUAUUAAGCGCCCAACAGUUUUGUAUGAUACAUUUAGGUGCGUAUGCAUUAGAUACUACUGUCGGCGAAAAUUCUGUAUCACAAAGAGAAAUACAGCGAUGUUUUUCGAUAAUUGAUUUCUUUUGGAAAUUGCGAUAUGAUGAUGAAUUAAACGACAGAAGAGAAAAUAAUGAUGAUGAUAAUGAUAAUGCUCCAAAUCCAGUGGCGUGUAUUGCUUUAUCUAUCGCUUUAAUCUAUUAUUUUCGCCUGCCAACAGUAGCUGAUCGUGUGCAAUAUGGAGAUCUUAAAUCAGCUACACGCGAACAAUUCUCAAAAGUUUUAUCUCGAACAAUACCGAACUUUGAUUGUAUUAUCCAAACUGAAUUAGAACGAUUUGUUACACAUGAAAAUUUUUUAAUACCAAAUGGUGUAGCAUUAAAUCAAGCGGUGCGUGAACACAUAUUUGCUAUCUGUGUUGCUGUUACAACUCGGACUCCAUUGUGCAUAAUUGGAGAUCCAGGACGCUCGAAAACAUUAUCAUUUCAAAUUGUUCUUCAAAAUUUGCAAGGCAGUCAGUUAUCACCAAGAAGAUUCUGCCGUAGAUUGCCAGGCAUAGAUCCUCUCUUUUGUUUCGGAUCGAAAUACAGUAAGAGUCAAGAUAUUGCAACAAUAUUCAAUCACGCUAUUAAACGUGAAGAACAAUAUCAGCAAAGUCGUAUAGAAACACGUUGUGUUGUUUUUUUGGAUGAAGCAGGUCUUCCUGAUGAAAAAAAAAUGAUUUUGAAAGUAUUGCAUCCUUAUCUCGAUGAAUGUAAAGUUUCAUUUGUGGCUAUAAGUAACAAAGCGUUCGAUGCGGCUAAUGCAAAUCGUAUGUUGUGUGUUUAUCGAUCAUUGCCAUCAGAGGAAGAUCAAAAAAUCCUUGCUUUUGGUUGUUUGGGAUUAAAUUAUCAAGAUAAACAAAUAGAUAAACAACAAUUGGGAAAAAUUAUAACAGGUUUAUGCAAUGGUUACCAGAAAAUAUUGAAAUCUCCUGACAUUCCGCAUAUUUUUCAUGACAGAGAUUUUAUUUAUAUGUUGCGCGAACUGCAAUUCAGUGCAAGAAAUACAAAUGAACAAUUACAACAACAACACCAAUGUAUAAAUAGUAUUACACCAAUGGCUUUAUUAAAUUCACUAGAAAACAACUUUAAUGGGAUAAGAAACGAUCAAUUUCAAAAACUCGUGGAAAUUUUUUUCAAAUCAAUUCAAGAUCAAUGUGGCCAAUUUAAAUUACCACAAAACCAUAAUUUUAAUACAAUAUCAAUAUUAUGUGAUUCAAUGAAUCUUGAUUCUAAUCGGCGUCGUUUAUAUGGGCGAUACAAAUUGAUUAUUGACGAAAGUGAAAAUGAAGCAUCAAAUUUACUUUUUCAAGUUGGUGUUUUAAAUCCAAGUACAACAAGCGUAUUUCGUAUGUCCGAUUUCGUUGAUGACAUUAACAAUGAAUUGAGAAAUGUUGAACGUUUGUCUGAAAUUAAGUUAUGUAUGGAAACUGGUAAAACAAUAUUAAUGAUUAACACGGGCCGAAUACAUGGUUCAUUGUACGAUGUCUUUAAUCAAAAUUUUUCAAUAAUGGCUACCGGUGACGAAAGAAAGAUAUUUUCUAAAGUAGCCAUUGGUCCAAAAACAGUCGAUUGUAUUGUUCACGAAAAAUUUCAAUGUAUAGUUCAUGUGAAACGUAGUGAGCUUCAUGAAAUACCACCGCCAUUUCUUAGCCGUUUUCAGAAAUUUUCAUUAUCAAUUGAAGAUUUUUAUCGUAGACAGUUGGAAAAAUUAAUAUCUAAUGAACAACAAAUAAUGCAACAAGUUGAAAAUAAAAUAAAAACAUUUAUUGAACAUUAUGGUAAACAAUACUUCUGUGGCUUAACAGACAAUACUCUUUAUUCAUAUUUAUUAUCCAUGAUUAAAAUUAAAGAAUCACAACAAACAACAACAAUAAGCCAUAAGAAAAAAGAUGAUCCAGAACGUCGGACACCGCAACAGCAAGGUAACAGUUCAUGCCUUCCCUCCC